GAGGCGAUUUGAGAACAGAGAAGGAGAAUGGGAAGGAAGGGUGUCUGAACUGGAAAGCGACGUGAAGCAGCUGCAGGACGAGCUGGAGAGGCAGCAGGGUCACCUGCGUGAAGCCGACCGUGAGAAGACGCGGGCCGUCCAGGAACUCUCCGAACAGAACCAAAGACUCCUGGACCAGCUCAGCAGGGCAUCGGAGGUGGAGCGGCAGCUCUCCUUGCAGGUCCACACACUCCGGGAGGACUUUCGGGAGAAGAACUCCUCCAGCAGUCAACACAUCGUGCGGCUGGAGAGCCUUCAGGCCGAGCAGGUCCUCGAAAUCAAAAUGCUGACGGACAGAAAGCGGGAGCUGGAGCAUCGCCUUAGUGCCAUGAUGGAGGAGAAUGACCUGCUCCAGGGAACCGUGGAGGAGCUGCAGGACCGAGUCCUCAUCCUGGAGAGACAAAGCCAUGACAAGGACCUGCAGCUGCACCAAAGCCAGCUGGAGCUCCAGGAGGUGCGACUGUCCUACCGGCAGCUGCAGGGGAAGGUAGAAGAGCUCAGCGAGGAGAGAAGUCUCCAAAAUUUCAACACAACCAGUACGUCCCUGCUGUCUGAGAUAGAGCAGAGCAUGGAAGCAGAGGAGCUGGAACAAGAACGAGAACAGCUGAGGCUGCAGCUCUGGGAAGCAUAUUGCCAAGUGCGAUAUCUCUGCUCCCAUCUCAGAGGAAACGACAGCGCAGACUCAGCAGUCUCUACAGACUCCUCCAUGGAUGAGUCUUCAGAAACCUCAUCAGCCAAAGACGUCCCAGCUGGCAGCCUACGGGCAGCUCUCAGUGAGCUCAAAAGACUGAUACAAAAUGUGCUGGAUGGGGCAGACUCCACGAGCUCUCGACGAAGCGAUGACGACACCUUAGAGGAACAGAUCAGGCGAACAAGCGAGGAUUCACGAGCCCUGAGGGAAUUAAUGGAGGGAGAACGGGGGAAACUGAGGCAGAGUUUGGAGGAGCUGCAGCGACUGCAUAGCCAGGUCACGCUGCUGAGUGUGGAAAUGACGACGCUGAAGGAGGAACGGGACCGGCUGCGAGGUGCUGCUGAAGACAAGGAGACAAGUGAACGGCUCCUGCAGGCCAUCAGGGACCGAGAUGAGGCCAUUGCCAAGAAGAACGCGGUGGAGGUGGAGCUGGCCAAGUGCAAGAUCGACAUGAUGUCCCUUAACAGCCAGCUGCUGGACGCCAUCCAGCAGAAGGUGAACCUCUCGCAGCAGCUGGAGGCCUGGCAG